UUGAUUGUUGCGAAAUGUACUAGUAUGGUUUCUUCUUGUUCUUAAAAAUUUUACGAUAAAUUUUGGCGUGGUACGCUUGCCGUGGGUAAAUUUUUUAUGGAUUGCGCUAUAGUCUGUCAGGUAUCGUUAGUUCUUAUCAGAAUCCAGUGCUUUUGCGCACUUUCGUUCGGAGGGACGUGGGAAUACGUUUUGCCUGGAGCCUGCAGGAAUCAGAUUUUGCAAAGAAUUCUGGUAGCGCAUCGAUACGUGGAACCUACGAAUCCCUGCUUCGCCUGAUUUCCAGCGUUUGCUGAGGAUGCAGCUCCGAAAUUUUUGUAGGAUAGUAUAUCCGCCAUGCUGGAAUUUUUUUCGACCAAAUUUGAUGCUCGUUGAUCCCUUAUUAGCGCCAGGUACAGCGUUGUUACUGACUCGCGGAUUGCAAUCGAGCAGUAUAGUCAUGAAAAAGAAAAACAUCCUGUCGGAUCCCUUGCCUCCCAUACGCGUUAAAGACGCUGAUGUGAAAGUAUUAUUACUCGGUGUGGACGAUAGUACGAUUGGCGUGAUGAAGAAAUCCGACGCACAGGCACGUGCCAAAAAGGAAGACUUGAAAGCAGUAAAUAUCAAAGAGUAUCCGGCACUACAGGCCGCGUUGGACAGACCGGCGAUUUAUCCUGUUUACAAACUGAUUUCCGGUGAUGACUUGCACAAGAUACAAUUAGCGGAUCGUGACAGGAGGAAAGCUGAGAAGAUAGUUCGUGAGAAAAUAUUACAGUUAACCAGCACCGCGACGGACCAUGAUAUUUUGACCAAAAUCAAGCAGGCUGAAGAAUGGCUGACCAAGGGCGAUAAUGUUAGGGUGGUGAUUCUGGGUAAACCCGACGUCAAAGCACGCAUGGGUCAGAUUUAUGAACUUGUGUUAAAGCAGUUGAAAACACUUUACCAUCCCGUGGUUGCGGAUUUAUCCAAAACUGAGCGGAAUAUUCGAUGCCUUUUGAAAUCAGUUGCAGUACCAGAAGACUCGAAGAUUCCGACCGAAGAAAAUCAGAAAGAGACCAAAGAAGAAGUACAGAUAACUGGUUGAAGUGCUCUUAUCUUGUAACUGUAGAAAAAGCCGUGUUUUUCAUUGGGUUGUAGUUAAAGGAAUGAAUAACAACAAACAGCACGCUGGCAUUUCAGAAUUUGAUCGCCAUUACGCUACAUGAAUGUACUGUUUUGGCCGUUUAAUUAAUUGUAAGCAUGACUACUGUAUUAAAAGUUUAA